CUUGAAGGUGUAUGAAAGGAAGAGAAAGGUUAUGUUUACUUAGCUACAGUUUUUUGUUUUGGUUAUAAGGUAAUAAAUGCUUAAUAUUUUUCGCGAUGUCUGGAGGUUUUACGGAGUCAGCCUUUAUAAAAAAGUUAUCCGAUUUGAAUAGUUCUUCACAAAGCAUACAAACGUUGUCUUUAUGGCUUAUACAUCAUAGGAAACACUACACCAGUGUCGUGAAAAUUUGGUUAAGAGAGCUCAUAAAAGCAAAAGAAAAUCGAAAACUGACGUUCAUGUACCUCGCGAACGAUGUAAUCCAAAAUAGUCGAAAGAAAGGCCCUGAAUAUGGUCUAGAAUUUGGCACAUCUUUGAAAAAAGCUUUUGAACACAUGUCGAAAUGCGAUGAAAAAACGAAGAACGGUCUUGAUCGAUUGCUAGGGAUUUGGCAAGACCGGGGAGUGUAUGAUUCAGUUCAAAUUAGUGAAUUUAAGAGAUCGCUACUUUUAGGUAAAGAUGAGCCACCCGCAAAAAAACUGAAAUCGGGCGACUCCAAAAAACGGGACAAAGAAGUUGUUUAUGAAGUUGAUGGGACAUUAGAAACUCAUGUGCAUCUGAGCCCCCACACACCACCAGGUGAUCCGCCAGAGCCUGAAGAAUUAAUAAAGGCCAUUAAGGAUUUGGAAUUGAAUAUAGCAUCGUCCGAUGAGAAAGUUAGGGAAAAAAUAGCAAACUUACCAAGAGAAGUUUCCGAAGUAUCCUUAAUUUCUAAAAUUGAUGACAAAGAAGCAGCUGAAAAACUUGCUGUUCAAGUGAAGAGUGCAGUUUUACUUUUAAGCCAGUAUAACACGAGAUUGCAGACUGAGAUGGAGCACCGGAAAAAGGUGGCCGUCAUGUUAAAGGACUUUUUGCAAGCCCAGGAGGAGUUGUUAGCGCAAGCCGAACACAAUUUGGAGGAGUAUCAGGAGAAGCUUUCCAAGAUCUACACGGUUCGGCAAGAGUUGCAGUCCCACAUUCAAAAUCUACCCGACUUGACCCAAUUGCCUAAUGUUACAGAUGGAUUGGCGCCCCUACCUUCUGCAGAACAUUUGUUCAUGCAUCACUAAUCAGUUCAAUUAGCUUUGUUUGUAUAUAUCUUGGGUAUGUCUUAAAUUUAGACAUUUUAACAGUGAAAUGAAUUAGAACCUUGUUUUUGUUUUGUAUGAAUUGCUAUUCAACAUUGUGUUACAUCAUGCAUAUACCUCGGGAGUGCAUUAUACAUUCAUUUAAUGAUAAUGUGAAUUUUAAUUACCGAAGUGGUUGAAAAAGUUUUAGCCUUUUGAUGGUCAUUCAUGGUAUACAUAUUAUUGCAAUUGUAAGAAACACUUUUUAUUUCAUCUCUAAGGUUCUGGUGAAAGUUAUCCUUUAAAUUGCUGAAGAUAGUUUAGGGCUUUAUUAUUUGUUAAAUUUUCCUUUAGAGAUAUCUAAGUUUUAAUUAGAUAUAUGGAGUGAAAUUGAUUUUCUAUCAAAAAAAUAAUCCACUAAAACCUUUCGCAUCAAUUAUAAGUAGUCUCGGUCAUCUGGGUGCAACCGAUUCUUAAAAUUAAGCUCGAAUCGCGCACGAGUUUAGUUUGUCAAUCAAUUGUACAUGAAGUAAUAGUUGUUUGUGUUAAUAAAGU